UUGGAAACAAAAGAUUAAUAAAUAUUAGUGAUUUUUAACGAGACGCAAAGAAAAGACCGAACACGCAUUGACCUUCGACCAGGGCCUCUGGAUUCCGUUCUGCAGGAAACAAUGUUACAAAAACAAUGUACAAGUGUGUAUGCCCGAAUAAAAUGAUUUUUGUAUUAUUUGUGUAUUUCUUGAUUGUUAAUAUUAAAUCUGCAUAUCAUUUUCAAAUCUGAAUCGUUAAUUUCUACUUACAGUUUGUUAAAUCUAAUACAUUUCUUGUAGUAGACAUUUAUAUUUUGAAUUUUAAGGAUCUUUUUAUUUUAUUUUUUAUAUUAAUUAUUAUGCAAGCCUCUCUCCACUAAAGCCUUAUGUUACAUCCAAUUAUAUUGCCUCUAAUUUUAAAGAUUAUACCAUUGUUGUUAGUGUUUUAAUAUAAUGUUUUAUAUGUAUAAUAUACUAUAAUGUUUAUAGUUUAGUCUUUUCUGGGAUAAUUUAAAAUAUUAAUUUGAAACAUUACGUCUUGAGAUUUGAUUUCAGGUUAGAUAGACAUGUAUAAAGUAUUUAAUUAUUUUGAAGACAUUUAUUUAAAAAUAAGUCUUAUCUGGAUACUGUCGUUUCUAAGAAUAUAAGUAUAUGUUUUGACAACUUUGCUUGUGGAAGGGCAGAGGAUUGCUAAUUCCCCCAAUGCUGGAGUUUCUCAAAGAAAAAUCACGAAGAGUUUGAAGUUAUCAUCAUCUACAGGGAAUGAUACUAUCCAAAGAUUCAGAGAAUCUGGAACAAUCUCUUUGGGUAAGGGUCAAGGCCAGAAAACCAUACUGGAUGUCUGUGAUCUUUGGGCCCUUAGAUGGCACUGCAUCACAUACAGGAAUGCUACUGUACAGAAAUCAUAACAUGGGCUCAGUAAUACUUCCAGAAAACAUUGUCGGUGAACACAAUCCACUGUGCCAUUCGCCGUUGCCAGCUAAAACUAUACGCCAAAAAAGAAGCCAUAUCUAAACAUGAUCUAAAGAGGACAAGGACAACCCAAGUUGUUAUCAGCGCUCAGUUCAGAAGCCUGCAUAUCUCAUGGUAUGGGAUUGCGUGAGUGUGUGUGGCAUUGACAGCUUAGACAUCUGGAAAGGCACCAUCGAUGCUGAAACGUAUAUCCAAGUUCUAGUACAACAUAUGCUCCCAUCCAGACGUUGUCUCUUUCAGAGAACAUUAUGGCUUCGCAGAAGAAGGAUCAUCUGGAUACUGAAUGGCCAGCCUUACAUAAAACAUCUGGUGCAUCAUAAAGAGGAAGAUGCGACAAAGAACAGUGUUGGGUACGAGUACAGCAUCUGAUUACUUUUGAAUACUUUGAUGAUGACUUAUAAAGGCUUAAAGACUUAAAGUUAAUGAGAUAAUUAAGUGUCUAAUUAAAUAAUGAUUGUGUAUUAGUGAUGAACACCUGCUGUUAUUGAGAAUUACAGAGGAUCAGAUGUUUCAUUGGUUAAAAUAAUGUCACCAUCAUGGAGAUCAGUGAUUGGUUUAGUCUUGACCCUUUUACAAAAAAAUAAUAAUAAUAUGGUUGUAAUCAAUUAUAGUGUAAUUGAUUGCAAGCGGUUGCAUAUAGUAAAUUAUUAAGUAGCCUAUCAGCUUAUUCUAUCUGUUUAUGGUCUCUGUUUGGGUUAAUGACUGACAUUCAGCUGUUACCGAGCUAAACAUUUUUUAAUAUUUAAUUAAAAUUCAAUAUUAAUAAAGUAGGGGUGGGGACUAUUAAAGAGCUGAAUUGGCUCAGACUUCUAGACAUAAACACUUAUCAUAUGAUACUCAACAGUAGUGACAGUUUUUCAUAUUGCAGUGCAUGAUGGAAGUUUCUUCAAUGGUGUUACCCAGCAUGCACUGCAGCAUGAAGCAUUUUGUCAAUUGUAUCAAACAUGCUUAACUUCAUGGGGUGAUGAGGAAUUGGGCUUUGGGGUUAGCUUGACUUCCUCUGCUUGAUGUGAAAAGAUUUUUUUUCUUCCUGUCUUUGCUUCAGAGUUUCACAUUUAAUUGAAACUAAUCUUAAAUGUUGUGCGUAAAGAACCAGGUUUUAUUCACGACAACAGCAUGAGGAUCAUUCAGGUUCAGCUCUGUGAGUUUAUUAAACGUUAUAAAUAUAUUUAUAUGUUACAUGUUGGUUUUAUGAUUACAAUUAUUUUUUAUCUUGUAGAUGUAUUGAUCUGUUAUCAGUACGCGGUGUCAGAUCUUCUGACUGAUCUGGGAUCAAAUGUGACCAUAAACUGUGAUCUUGAUGAAAAUGAGGUUUAUUGGAUUUUACUGAAAACAGCAGAUCCUCCAACAGUCAUCCUACGAUCAUUCCCAGAACCAAUACCACCAUUUUACACAAAUGAUACAUUCAGAAAGAAAUAUUCAGUCCAGUUUAAACAUUUUUUGGUUAUUAAUAAUAUAACUGCUGAUGAAUUAGGAGUUUAUUACUGUAUGAACACACGAACACCUCCAAAACUCAGCAACAGCACCAGAAUAUACUUCAACGAAUCAACUCAACCAACUGAGUGUCAAAAUCGAACAGUGACUGAAUAUAUUGAUCAGAGACAAUGGCGGACUAUUACUAUCAUCUUUGGAUUGACAAAUGGGCUUCUGGUUAUUUUGGUGGUCGGACUGGUAAAGGUUUUUGUUGUUGGAAACAGAAGGUCUACAGAGCAAUCACAACAAUUUAAUACUGAUCUACAGCAGAUGCAAGCUGCAGAACAGCAUCGGGACUCGUUAAAUUACGCUGAGGUGGAUAUUUCCAAGCUGCGUAGAAAUAUUCGGCCGAGCCAAAUCAACAGCACCUAUGCUGCUCUAAACCUGCCGAAGUCAUGAACACAUAAGCAUGACUGAUUUUAUUUGAUUUGUCUUGUGUGUACUUUUUCUUGUAAUUCUGAGAAAAUUUCGGGAAAAAAAAUAAAGAAACUGCUUUCUAAAGACUGGCUGGAAGUCAUGAGAUUUAUCACAUUUUAUUAAAAUGACAGCCAGUUUUAAAUUUGUCUUUGUGUAUAUCUAAACAUACUCUACUAAUGAGUAGUCACCUAAAAAAUAUUUUAUUGAAAUUUAGUAGACACUUAUUUCUGUAGACACUGAUUGCAUGAAUGUUUUAUGCAAGAAAAUAUGCACCUGUUUUGUAUUUUAGUGGGUCUUGCAGAAGGUUGGUGGUAUCCUAGUUU